GAAGUCUGAGUGAAAUGAGGUAACAUUGUAACAGAUCACAGCCCAGCUGCAGCAGACACAGCCCUCUGACCCAUUCACUGAGAGCACCAGAAGUUGUACAGCUCAGAGCAGACAGUCUGAAGAGAGAGACUCGUACAAGGCAGCAUGGAUCUGGAAAAUAAAGUAAAAAAGAUGACGUUAGGCCAUGAGGCUGGAUCUGGAGCUCCGUGCUUAAAAUGCAAGGAUAAAUGUGAAGGAUUUGAACUGCAUUUUUGGAGAAAAAUAUGCAGAAAUUGCAAAUGUGGCGAGGAGGAGCAUGAUGUUGCUUCUAAUAACGAAGAUGAUCGUAAAGUAGGGAAACUGUUUGAGGAUACAAAAUAUACUGCGUUAAUAGCAAAGCUGAAAACGGAUGGAAUUCCCACUUAUAAACGAAAUGUAAUGAUUCUUACAAGCCCUAUUGCUGCCAAGAAAGAUGUAUCCAUCAAUACAGUGAGCUAUGAAUGGGCACCUCCAGUUCAAAAUCAGACGCUGGCUAGGCGUUACAUGGAGCUGAUUCCAAAAGACAAGCAGCCUGUGACUGGUUCAGAUGGAGCUCAGUACAGAAAGAAGCAGUUGGCCAAGCAGCUGCCAGCUCAUGAUCAAGAUCCUUCCAAAUGCCACGAACUGUCUCCAAAUGAGGUGAAACAGAUGGAGCAGUUUGUGAAGAAAUACAAAAAUGAUGUCCUUGGUGUGGGAGACAUCAAACUGCCCAAUGAAGUGGAGCAACAAGCUGGAGGAGCAAUUAAACCCGAUAGUGACCGGAGCACUCUGGCCACAGUGAGAGGUGGAGCAGCAGACAAGGGCGGGGCUCCAAAAGCAUCUUCCUAUUAUUGCUUCAAAUGUAAAGAGAACAUGAGAGAAGGUGACCCAGCGGUUUAUGCCGAGCGAGCUGGGUACGACAAACUUUGGCAUCCUGCUUGUUUUGUUUGUUUCAUCUGUAACGAACUUCUGGUGGACAUGAUCUAUUUCUGGAAGAAUGGAAAGCUGUACUGUGGCAGACAUUAUUGUGAUAGCGAGAAGCCUCGGUGUGCAGGCUGUGACGAGCUGAUCUUUAGUAAUGAAUACACACAAGCAGAAGGUCAGAACUGGCAUCUGAAGCAUUUCUGCUGCUUUGAUUGCGACUGUGUCCUGGCUGGCGAAAUCUAUGUGAUGGAGAAUGACAAGCCGAUCUGUAAGCCGUGUUACCUGAAGAACCAUGCUGCGUCAUGCCAAGGCUGUCACAAUGCCAUUGACCCUGAGGUCCAGCGCGUGAGUUACAAUGGAUUCCACUGGCACGCCUCAUCAGAUUGCUUCCUUUGCUCAUGUUGCAGCAAGUGUCUCAUCGGUCAGAAGUUCAUGCCUAUUGGAGGAAUGGUCUUCUGCUCUGUUGAGUGCAAGAAAAAAAUGGCUGCUUAAAGACAAUUUAGAAAAUAUUCUAUAUUUUUGAAUCCUUUUUGUAAAUCUAAGUGAAUAAAAAUAUUCAUUUUCUGCAAAAUUAUCUUUGCAAUAUCUAAUUUUGAAAACAAAGCAAAAAAAAAAAAUCGUAAAGGCUCACAUGCAUUAUUAUAAUUGUCUCAAUAAGCAAAACAUUUUUGGAAAAGGAAAAAUACUAUAUAUUACCAGGCUAAAGAUGCAUUUUCAGUGCCUACUACUUUGAAAACCGUUUUCAGCAUUGUGAUGUAUUAGACUUUUGGGAUCAAGCUUACUUGUUGGAUUUUUUUAUUUUUUUUUCCUAAUACAAAAUCUUAGGAAUUGAAUUUUGUCCACUAGAAUUUAUAGCACUUUAGGACAUUUUUAUCUUUGUUAUUUUUCCAAGUUCAUACAAAUUCUGUAUCUUUGGAUUAUUGUUUCUGUGAGUGUCACACUGAAAAAGAACCAUAGUGUUAUAGAGAUUAAAAACUCACACUCCAUAUUGUAUGUGUGUGGGUGCAUAAAUAUUAUAAUUCUUUAAAACAACAAACCACCCUUUGUAUGACCCCUGCUCCUUAAAGGGGAAUAUAUAAAUAAUCCUAUAGUCAAUCUGUACAUUAUCCCACAGCAAACCGGACCUACCAUUGUAUUGCACUGGAGCAUAUAUCACUUUUUUCAUCAGAUACCUACUUAAAAUAUGAAUACUCUCAUGUCAGUGCAGUUCUGGGCAGCUUUGAGACAUAGCAGGGAAUGAACAACACAGCAAGAAUAAUCAAAAGCAAGUUUUUUUUUUUCGUUUUUUUUUCUUCUUGGAAUUGUAUUCUGAUUUUUAAGUCCCUUUUAAUCAUACAUCCAAGGACAAUAAACAGAUUCUUCAUAGUUACAAAAAAUGGGUUCAGGAGAGGGACAUGCACAGAAUGAAAUUUGUGAAAGGACAUGUCCUGGUAACUACACAGUUGCGGCACAAGGAAAUGUUACCAGUGACAUCAGUGUGCACGGCACAAGAUUAAAGGGACAGUUUACUCAAAAAAUUUCUCCCCUUUAAUUUGUUCCCAAUGAUCCACUUUACCUGCUGGAGUGUAUUAAAUUGUUUACAAGUAGCUCCUUUACCCUUACAUUGGCAUUUGAAAUGGUUGAUUUAGCAUGUGGUAUCCCCACCUAUUCUGAAAGUUUGUGGCCGCGCGUACCAGCUAUAGAUAAGCUUUGUAAACACAGCCAGCAGAAGAAAUUACACUCCCAGUGUGAUAAAGCAGAGAGAAGGUAAUAAAAUGUUGAUUUUCCAUUGUUCUCUCAAAGUAUUGGUGAUUGUUUUAAGAACAGAUAUAAGAUAAAGAAACAAGUAUAUGUGCACAAUGUGAUACAGUAAUGAGAUCUGAUUAUACCUACAAGCUCAACCCAUUUUAUUAGGUUGUGGCUUCAAAACACAAAAUCAGAGCUUUAAUAUACACAAAUAAGCCUUAAAAAGCAAAUCUCAUAUAUUUUAUACUCUGCAGUUGGUAAAAAAAACAAUUGUAAACACAUUAAGGGGAAAACUAUUUUACAGUAUACUGUCCCUUUAAUGACACAUUAUAUACACAUUUGGGCAUGCACUGGACCCUAAUUCAGAUUCUUGCAGCCAGAUUUACACAAUCAGGCACAUUUGCCAUAUGAUUGAAAAUAAAGACGAGGCACUUGGAAACUUUAUUCUACUGUUAAUUUCAUUAUCUAGAAAACGGAUGACUUUUUUUUAUUUUUUAUAAUGGAAAUAAAUAUAAAACAUUUAAUUUUAAAGGCACAUAAAAGCAUUUUUGUGUAUUAAGUGUGCAAUAUCAAAAUGAGAGAAAUAUUUGUUUAAUCCUUUUGUGUGUUACUGAUUUUUAGUAAUUGUAAUGCAAUAAUGACAUUUUUCAUUAGAAUUUUAAUUGGAAUUGCAUUUUGAUUAAUUUUUAGCAGUUUGCCAGGAGAAAAAUUGCAUCAGUCAGGAUGAAAUAGGCUCCAAGAUUCUCAAAAAUAUUUGAAAACUGAUAAAACUGUAAGCGAGAUGAUUAUUGCUCAUUUCAUGAUUAUAUGGAUAGUUUAAUACAUUUCAGGUUUUCAAACCAAAAAGUAUUUUGAAAUGUUGUUCUUUUUAAGUUAAAAUAAUGAACUCUAUUGUAUUCAAAUUGAAUAAUGCAAAUUGAAAAGGGUAUGCUUAGAAGUCUAGGACAGUAAAAUAAAAAAUUAAACUGCCGUGAUUCAGAUAUUGAAUCCAAUUUAAAAACAAAAAAACCUUACAAUAUUGCUUUGUUUUUCAAAUUUGCUUUGAUCACUUCUACUGUCAAAUUUGUUUCAUUCUCUUGGUAUCCUUUAUUGAAAAGUAAACCUAAGUAAACUCGGGAGCUUGCACAUGUAUGUGUCAAGGCAGCAGUGUUUGCAACAAUAUAUAACAUUGCAACAUAAAAUGCAAACACUGCGGCAAUAAGAUAUGUACAAGCUCUCGAGUUUACCCAGGUUUACUCUUUAACAAAGGACACCAAGAGAAUGAAGCAAAUGUGAUAGAAGUGAACUGGAUUUUUUUUAAAUUGCAUUAUCGGUUUAAACCAUGAAAAAUUAAUUCUAACUUUUUUUGUACUUUUUAACCUUUUGCAUUUAAGAAAAAUUCUACUGCAAGAAUGAAAAUCUCUUAUUUAUUGGGGCAUGAUAUUUUUGCACUGAUGGCCAGUGGGACAGUUAGGGGCAUCAUACACAUGUAGCCACUCAGCAUUGACCCCACUCCAUUUGCAAUGGACAUUAGUGGAAAAACAAACAUGAAUUAUUCUGCAUUAUAAUUUCCCUUUUUAAAUGAGAGAUACAUUAUUUUCUCGUGUGUCAGGAGGUUGCUAUUUGCUCAUUUUUUUUUAAUAAAGUUAAAGUGAACUGCAUUCUACUUUGCAUUGCAUAAUUACAUUCUACAGUUCUGCAGGGUUUUUUGGGGCAGUUACUGUAAAUAAUGCAAGUCUGGUGUUUACUAGAUCAAGCUAUGCAAAUGUAAGUUAAGUCUUUUAUACAUUUUGCUGUCAUUGCACUUAUUUCAAUAUUAAAUACAAAAGCUUUUGGUCA